AACUCAAAAGUCUCUCUCUCUCUCUCUCUCUUAAUUAGAUUUCCCUUUAAAUACAAGUAAAUGAAGUCAAACUCGAAAGUCUCUCUCUUUCUCUCUUAAUUAGAUUUUCCUUGAAUUACUAGUAAAUGAAGUGAUAUUUAAAAGUCUCUCUCUCUCUCUGUGUCUCUGUCCAGCAGUGAAGCUGAGGACCAGCGGAGGCCCAUGACCAUGCUGCUGGUGCCCGUCUGUGUGCUGCUGGCCCUGGGGGGCCGAGCCCUGGGCGGUGGCUACCCCCCUCCCAUGCCCCAGAUGAAGUACAUGCAGCCCAUGAUGAAGGGGCCAGUGGGACCCCCCUUCCGCGAGGGCAAAGGCCAGUACCUGGAGUUUCCACCCAUGAUGGAUGUGAAAGGGGAACCAGGCCCUCAAGGAAAGCCUGGUCCGAGGGGACCAGCAGGACCUCCAGGACUACCAGGGAAACCAGGACUUGGUAAACCGGGUCUGAACGGUCAAACAGGCCCUCCCGGGCCUUCGGGAUUCCCUGGCAUUGGGAAGCCGGGGCUACCAGGGUUGCCAGGAAAGAUGGGCCCCAAAGGAAUGCCAGGAAACAAUGGUGAGUCUGGCCCACGUGGAGAGCCUGGUCUAAGGGGACUGCCAGGACAGCCUGGCCUCCCAGGGCCAGCAGGCCUGUCAUUGAAUGGAAAACCUGGACCUGUUGGAGGAAGGGGAGUCCCAGGGUCCAGGGGGGAGCCAGGCCUAAAAGGAGGCCGUGGAAAUCCUGGAGAUCGUGGACUGAAAGGGGAGAAUGGAAAUGGCAAGCCAGGUCUACCUGGUCCAAGGGGUCCUUCUGGCCUCCAAGGACUUCCUGGUGCCCCUGGAGCCCCAGGAUUUGGAAAACCAGGACCCACUGGAUUGCCUGGUCCAAGCGGACCAAAGGGUGAUCAAGGACUUCCUGGCGACUCUGGCCUACCCGGAGAGGAUGGUCUCCCUGGUGGUCCAGGGGUCCCAGGACCAAGUGGUUUAGGGAAGCCUGGUAUUGAUGGUUUGCCAGGGAUGCCAGGUUCACUUGGGCCAAAGGGUGAGCCAGGCAUGAGGGGUACCCCAGGGUUUCCAGGGCCACCUGGGUAUGGUAAACCUGGACUAUCUGGGCUAAAGGGAGAUAAGGGCCAUGGUGGCUUAACAGGAGCCCCUGGUGAAAGAGGAGAACCAGGGUUAGAUGGUCAACCUGGAGACAACGGUCCAAAUGGACUGUCAGGGCCUCCAGGAAUGCCAGGUCCUAUGGGUCUGCCAGGGAAACCUGGCAUGUCUGGUUUUAAAGGAGAAAUUGGUCCCCAAGGUCCUCCAGGCCUUCCUGGACUUCGGGGAGAUCAAGGUCCCACUGGCUUGUCUGGAAAGCCAGGUCCCACAGGUGAUAAAGGUCUUCCCGGUCCCAAUGGAGCCAUUGGGAAACCAGGCCCCAAAGGCGAGGGUGGCCACAUUGGGUUGCCUGGAAAUCCAGGACUUACUGGCAUACCAGGGCCAAAAGGCGAGUCUGGAUUCACAGGAACCUCUGGACCCCGAGGCCAGUCCGGCAUUCCUGGCACCCAAGGCCCUCCUGGGCACAUGGGACCGCAGGGAAUUCCAGGAAUUAAAGGAGAUAUGGGACAACCAGGGCCACAGGGACUGGGAAAGCUGGGUGAAAGGGGCUUACCUGGUCCUCAAGGCCCCCCAGGAAAACCAGGAAAUUUAGGACUUAAAGGUAACCCUGGACCCCCAGGUCCACCUGGGCCAGCUGGCCCUCCCGGUCCUGUUCAAAAUGGCCAGACAUCAGUUUCCGGAUUGGGGGACAACAUUGGAGGUGGUGAGGUUCCAGACGGAAAGCCUGCAAAGCCACAGCUAGGUGGUGCUGUGCUCUCUGCAUCAAUGGCCCCAGCAUUCACUGCCAUCCUCACCACUCCAUUUCCUCCUUCCGCCAUGCCAAUCAAGUUUGACCGAACCCUGUACAACGGGCAGAAUGCCUACAAUCCUGCCACCGGCAUGUUCACGAGCCCCCUGGCCGGGGUUUACUACUUCGCCUACCAUGUGCACGUAAAGGGAACCAGCCUCUGGGUGGCACUGUACAAGAACAAUGUGCCCGCCACGUACACCUACGACGAGUACAAGAAAGGCUACAUGGACCAAGCCUCAGGGAGCGCAGUUCUGGAGCUCAAGCAGAACGACCAGGUGUGGCUCCAGAUGCCGUCCGACCAGGCAAAUGGGCUCUACUCCACGGAGUACAUCCACUCGUCCUUUUCAGGGUUUCUGCUGUGCCCCACAUAACCUCCUCUCCUCUUUCUUCCCACGCCCAACUCUCAUCCCUCCCUUCCACCGCCCUGCGGCCACGCGAGGAGCACCUGUAACAACAACAACUACAGCGGCAGGAAAGACAGACGACAGAAAGAGACUCGUAUGAACGUGUGAAAGUUAGAGUUGAAAAGCAGGAGAAGGAGACUUCAUGCUGUGUCUGUGUUUUGGCUCUUUCUUUCAAAUGUCCACCUUUUUGUUUGUUUUUACUUUUAAAUGUUUUCUAUUUUCAGCCUACAUGAUAAUAAUUAUUGUAAUUGUUAUGUUAUUAUUGUUAUUAUUAUUAUUAUGUUGUUGUUAUUGGUAUUGAUGUUGUUGUUUAUUGGAAUCAGACUAUUAAGUGCCUUACUUUGCAAUGUGUAAGAAGCCGUUAAUAAGACUUACCCAUGUGACUGCACAUUUUGCCAAAUGUUUUCUCAGUCCAAAAAGAGUUCCAAAUCUCUGAAGACCCUGGGGUUUGGUUAUGUUCCCCUAGCUGCAGUCACAAUCCAGGUAAUUCAGUGCCUUGGCCAUUAUAUGAUACAUUUUCCUUAUUUAAAGUUGUCAGAUCACACCUUAGUGCAGAAGCAUCGUAAAUGUGCAUUACUACACAUACAUAUUCAUUCAAUAAAACAACUCCUCGUUGGAAUAAUGAUUGAUAGUUUUUAUUGCCUUUUGUCACCCUUUUUAAUCUGUCAAGUUUCUUUUUUUCUGAGGGGCAGUAUGGGUGCUCGUAGUUAAAUGAGAAUAUUGUGUGUCUUUUUUUGUUUUUGUUUUUGUUGCUUUGUUUGUUUUCAUUCUGUGCGUUCGCAGUUCUCCAUUGAGAGAUACUUACCUAAUUCUGUGACAACUGUGCAGAGAGCAUUGUGCUAAUACUGGAAGCUCAUGGCUUUGAAUACUGAUUAUUACUUGAUUACUGAAGAUGUCAAGGCUGCGUCCAACAUUGGCUUGCUUUUAUGCAACUUACAAACCCAAGCAGAAAGAGUCCUUAACAGUAUCUUACAUUACAAAGCCACAGUUCCAUAUCUAAAAAGCAAAACUUACAUCACUUUCCAAAUUUACAGAUGUCUAUGACCUUCAUUAAAACAAUCUAAUUGAUUAGUUAUUGACGUGGCAAUUACAGAACAACCCUUCUAUGCCUUUGAUACUUGCUUUGACUACCGUACUGUAGUGACCCAACCUCCUGUUUUCAUUCAGUGGGCUGAUUCCUUAUUCUCUUCUGUUAUACAUAUGUGAAAUCUUUCACAUGGCUAUGAAUAUUUAUAAGCCUUGUGAACCAUUUUGGAAGGAUUUUAAAGUAUUUCAUUUACUGACAUUUACUAUUGUUCAUCUGGACUUGGGAGCAGUGACUAAACCAUUGUGGACAAAUGAGAAAACUAAAAGUCAGUGAAGUCUGAGUCCUAUUAAACAACUGCUACAUCAACAUUAGCCAAUUUGCUUUGUGACAGAUACAGAUUUAGAUAAGCAGAAAUGAACAUGAACAUGAAAUGGUGGCUAUCCUUUUCUUCACAUAUUACACUGCUUGUGUUUGCUGAAGUGAUUUUCACCCAUACACCCCACACACAAAGAAUGCAUAGGUAUCGAAGAAUACGAGGUAACGAAAAAUCCAAUUUACGUUCAUUGGAAAAAGCAAAUAAGGACAAUAGGGACAACAAAAAAAAUAAAGACUCCCUCAACCCUUAAAAUGUUAAACAUGAUGUUUUUUAAGGGGAGAAUGAUGCCUGGAAUUCUGUAGAACCCUUUAAAUGCGAAAAAACAUAGAGGAAAACAUGUCACCAUUAAAUCCAUGAUUAUCAAAAUGACUCCAAGCUGUGAUGUAAAAAAAAAAAAGUAUGCAUUUGUGUGUUUUAAGGUUCUAAGAGUCAAUCUUCCACCAUAGCUUAAACCAAGAGCGGAUGUUUGGUCAGAAGUGUUCUUUUCAACCCAAGUGAAGCAUUCAAACUAUAUCCUACUAUUUAGAGUGGCCAUGAAUGCACAGCAAUGCGCAUAGAGUGAUUAUGCAAGCAGAGCAAAGGUUCAGUGCCGUGUUAUAUUCGAGUUGUUCAGAUAUGGUUAAACAGUAAAAACGGGGCUAGGAAAGUAAUCAGUGAUGAGAGUGUUGAGAAAGACUUAGAAGACAUUGCAUGCUUGUUGAGGAAGGAGAGGCAUGGGGGGCGCAGGUUACUGUCGAUGUCACUUUAGCCAAUGAUUAAAAAGUAUCUCAAUAGUGAGCAUGCUUAUUCAUGCUUUGUUCCCAUAGCAGGCAUCAUCGGAAUAGGUCACAAUGGGAAAGCAAAACAUACGAUGAAUGAGUGACGUGCUAACGGGUUGGCCCCAUUAGAUAAUACUAGAAAUAUAGUUUAACCAUUUAAAAAAAAAAAGAAAAAUUAUAUUCUGAUGUAGCAAUGCUUUUACCGUGGAAAACAGUUGCAGUGCUUUUUUCUUUCUUCUCUUUCCCCGUCUGCAAUAUUUUCAAUUAACACACAGAAUAAAAAUACAUUUUAUGACUGAAUUCCAAUCCCUUUUAGACGCAAUUUUAAACAUUUUGUUGAAGGUGUCCGUCACACUGCUGAGAGAGGUGACACAUCUUAACGUCAGUAUUUAUUGGCAUUGAUGCCCUCUUUCACUGGCUUGCCAUCUGCAGUUCUCCACUGUUAAGGAAAGGUUUGUAUAUUAUCAUGGAUUUAUUGUUUUUUUUUUUUUUUAUUAUUAUUAUUAUUUUAUUGUCUUAAUUUACAGACACUUGACUAACCUUGGAUUUGAUAUUUUUCAUAAUUCCUGCUUUGGCUAUUUCUGAGAUGAUUCUUUAUUAGUAUCAUGCCUUGAAAACACAUCAGAUGGGAAUAAAAUUGUAUGUAGGAUCCGUCGUACUGUCUUCAUACUUUAAAUCGUUGAAAAUUAAAAAAAAAAAAAAGCAAGAAAUUAGCGUAGAAAGUCUUGCUUUGCUAUUUAAGGGACAUUGGUUUUAGAGCAGAGGUCAUUACCAUUUGCACAUGAAGGUGUAUUUAUACAUUUGAGAUAUCUUAACAAGAGUGUCUUAACUGACCACCCAAGCCCUAUGUGUGUGGUUAUCAGCAGCAAUAAUGAAUUACGAGGAUUGAAAUAUGUUGUUAACAUACUACCAUUGUUUGUGAAGGAUUGUCUUGGACAGAUUUUCUUCCUUUUCAUUUUUUUUUUUGUUAUGUACUACAUAUAAUGUUAUAGGGUUCUUUUUGUCUUGUACAUGGCUAUUGCAUAUGCUUCAUGCAAUAGGAUUUGGGUAUAAAAUGCACUCAUUUUUGACUGAACUGUUUUUGUCUACUCAUACAAAAUCUACCAUACUUGAUUGUAUUGACACCACAUCAAUAAAUUCUUUCUUGUAUUGA